AUGUCUCUAGUAUCAGAGGCCAUCUGGGCAGCGUCCCCUUCGACGACGCGCGGACAGGCAACGCCUCUUUCCUCGGACCCCAAAGGCGAACGCAUUGCGUAUGCUUCGGGCAAAUCUGUCUUCCUUCGCUCCAUCGACGAUCCGGCUGUUAGUAAACAAUACACACAACACACUACGCAGACGACUGUCGCACGCUUCUCGCCCUCGGGCUUUUACGUCGCAAGUGGAGAUGUCUCGGGCACGGUCAAGGUGUGGGACUGCGCAGGCGAGGGUGCUACAAAAGGCGACUACCACAUCAUUGCUGGCCGCAUCAACGACUUGGCAUGGGACGGCGACUCGCAGCGCAUCAUAGCAGUCGGCGACGGCAAAGAGCGCUUCGGACAUUGCAUUACAGCAGAUAGCGGUAACAGCGUGGGCGAAAUCUCCGGACACUCUUCGCAAAUCAACUGCGUGUCCAUUCGCCAGCAACGACCUCUUCGUGCUGCCACGGGCUCCGACGACACCAGCCUGGUCUUCUACCAUGGUGCUCCUUUCAAGUUCAACACCAGUCUGAGAGGGCAGCACAACCGCUUCGUCUUCGGCACCGCCUUCUCACCCGACGGUUCGGUCUUCGCCAGUGUUGGCGCCGACAAGCGUAUAUGGCUGUACGACGGCAAGACUGGCGAGGCCAAGGGACAAAUUGGCGAGGGAGUACACACUGGCAGCAUUUUCGGCGUUUCAUGGUCCAAGGACUCGAAGAAGUUUGUUACAGCCAGUGCGGAUCAGACUGUCCGGAUAUGGGACCCUGAAGCGGGCAAGAACAUCCAGACCUGGCGAAUGGGCGAAGAAGGUGCCGUUAGUAUACCCGACCAGCAGGUCGGCGUGGUGUGGCCCACAGGCCGCAGCGAUGGCCUGAUCGUUAGUGUAGAUCUGGACGGAAACUUGAACUACCUCGUCGACGGCAACCCAAAGCCAACGCGUGUCAUUCGCGGCCAUGCCAAGAAUAUCACAGCUGCAGCUAUUGCUGGAUCUACCUUCGCCACGGGAAGCUACGACGGGCGGAUCUUAGCAUGGGACACCAACACCGGAUUGGCCGACAAGGUCGAAGGCGCAGCACAUUCCAGCUACGUCGCCGGCAUCACGACUUCCGAUAGCAAGAGUGAGGCAGAGAUGUACAGUGUUGGCUGGGAUGACACGUUGCGCUCCAUGUCAGUCCCAGACAAGAUCUUCACUGGGGAGGCUCACGACCUCAAAUUCCAACCCAAGGGCGUUGCUGCGACCUCGAGCACUGUGCUGGUCCCAUCAUCAGACGCGAUAGCGGUAUACUCCAAGGGUGCUCAAGUCAGCUCCUUACCACUCAAAUUCUCGCCUACUUCAAUCGCAGUCCAUGGCUCUACUGUAGCCGUUGGCGGAGAUGACAAGCUUGUACACAUCUACACACUUUCUGGCACCGAGCUCAAGGACACCGAAAUAGUGCUUCGCCGCGCAACUGCACCAAUUUCCGCGCUUGCCUUCUCCCCUUCAGGUAAGAAGCUAGCAGUGGGUGCUGGAAACGGCAAGAUCUACGCAUACGAGGCAGGCGGAGACUGGAAGGUUAUUACAGACAGGUGGAGUGCUCACACUGCGCGCAUCACCUGUCUGGCCUGGGACGAGAGUGAGAACUAUGCCGCAAGUGGUAGUCUAGAUACGAAUGUCAUGGUCUGGAGCACCCAAGACCCUGGCAAGCGUAUCAAGGCUCUCAACGCGCAUAAAGACGGAGUCAAUGGUAUUGCGUGGGAGAAGACUUCGAAGGUCAUUUCGACGGGAGGUGAUGCUAGUAUCAAGGUGUGGAGCGUCAAGGCGUAA